AUGGAUAAUAUAAGAAUAAUAAGAAGAUUAGGAAAGGGUGCAUUUGGUGAAGUUUUCUUGGCAUUAGAUUUAGAUUUGAACCAAGAAGUAGCUAUUAAACUGGAAACUAAGAAGGAAUCUAAACAGUUACUACACGAAUAUAAUUUAUAUUUACUUCUAUCUACAUCUAACAUCGAAAUAGCAACCUGUAUAAUCCCACAGGUAUAUAAGUAUGGGAAAAUAUGUUAUAAUAAAGAGUUAGUUAAUUGUAUGACAAUGGAAUUAUUGGGUAAAAGCUUGGAAAAGAUGUUUACAUUACUAGAUAGAAAGUUUACUACAAAAACUAUCUUUAUGAUUGCAAAGCAAUGUAUUGAUAGAAUAGAAAUGUUACAUUUUGGAAGUUUCAUCCACAGAGAUAUAAAACCAGAUAAUUUUAUGUUAGAUAAGACAAAUCAGAUAAUAUAUAUGAUUGAUCUAGGACUUUGUAAAGAAUAUCGAAAUCCAGUUACUUUACAACACAGACCUUAUAAAGAGGGAAAGAGUUUAACAGGUACAGCAAGAUAUGCAUCUUUAAACACACAUGCUGGAAAAGAACAAAGUAGAAGGGAUGAUUUAGAAUCAUUAGGAUUUAUGUUAAUAUACUUUUGUAAAGGUAGAUUACCAUGGCAGGGUUUGAAGGCUGAAAAUAAAAAAGAUCGUUAUGAAAAGAUUUUUAAAUUAAAAGCUGAGACUAGUUUAGAAGACCUCUGUAAAGAUUGUCCAAAAGAAUUAUAUACUUACAUGUUUAAAGUUAGAACAUUAAGUUAUACUGAAUAUCCUGAUUAUUAUGGUCUUUCUAAAUUAUUUGAUGAUGGUCUUAAGGCUUUAGAUGGAAAUAAUGGUGUUUUUGAUUGGUUAGAAACUAAUUUAAAGGAAGAUUAA